AUGGGUCUUACUCCCAAGGAGACGUGUGCAUGGAAAGGGCACUCCUCCCUGCUCCCCUGGCCUUUCCAGGCCCGCUCCACUCGCAUGCCUCUGCGCAGCCCGCCUGGACCGGUGUGCUUGGCCUCGUGUCCACCCCAAGGCACCUCCACCGGCUGGGCUGGGCUGGGGCUGCGUGGAAGGGGCGGCGGAUCGAGAGGCGCUGGACGAGGCCCUACGGCGGCGGCGGAAUAUCCCCUAGGGUCAAGAAUCGCCAGUGUCUCCCUUGCCAACGUGCUUUCCCCUUCACUUGCAGAUCAGCAAAAAACCACGGUCAUCGAAAACGGGGAGAUCCGAUUCAACGGGAAGGGGAAGAAGAUCCGGAAGCCUCGGACCAUCUAUUCGAGUCUCCAGCUGCAGGCGUUAAACCACCGCUUCCAGCAGACGCAGUACCUGGCGCUUCCCGAGAGAGCGGAGCUGGCGGCCUCGCUAGGACUGACGCAGACCCAGGUGAAGAUCUGGUUCCAGAACAAGCGCUCCAAGUUCAAGAAACUGCUCAAGCAAGGCGGCAACCCCCACGAGAGCGACCCCCUGCCGGGCUCUGCCACCCUGUCCCCGCGGUCUCCCGGCCUUCCUCCUGUCUGGGACGUUUCAGCCUCUGCCAAAGGAGUCAACAUGCCUCCCAACAGCUACAUGCCUGGUUAUUCUCACUGGUACUCUUCUCCACAUCAAGACACAAUGCAGAGACCACAGAUGAUGUGAACGGGCCAAGGGAAACAGCUUCCCGGAGCUGCCGGGUCUCCAGCAGGGCCCUGCCGAGGGGACCAGCUCGCGGGGCUCGGGGUGGAUUGGAGUGCGUGGCGAGGGAGGCAGACGGGGUGGCUUCGCCUUCCCCCUUUCGCUGUAACCUCAGCCAUUGAUCUCGAAGAGAAACGAGACCGUCCGCGCUGCCAGCCCUCUUCAGAUGCGCCUCUCUGGGAUAUUUCCAGCGGGACUCUGAGGCACCGCGUCUCUCUUGGGAGUACAAGUCAAAGCAGAAGCAAAAACAAAACGACCACAUUUUACAGACUUUUUCCCAGCCGUGGACCCAGCAACUUCACAACACAACACAACACACACACGCAAAACCAGAACUCCUUUAAUGAAAAAAAGAAGCUAUCCUAUUUUUAUUCGCUAAACCGAGAUUGACAGAAUAGAU